GAUCUUUUUCUGCGCAUGGAACAAUACUGUAUGUUGUCAGAUAACUCAUGGUUUCCAUGGAGCUACAGCCUAUAACCAGUUAAUUUCUGAUUAAUCCAUGGUGAAUUAUAUAACAAAGCAUGACAUUAUUUUUAUACGUUAUGACAAGAAUGAAACAAGUAAAACACUGGAGAUACACUACUGCACUAGGAUAUGGUAUAAGUGAAUAAUUGAGAUACAUGGAAGAUACACUUAUGUGUGAGAAAGUCUGUAUUUGCAUAUAUGUCAGAAAUCGUAAAAAUGGACAUGAAGUAUAAUACAGGAUAUCCUUGUAGCUUGUGUUUGGUUCAUGUCAAGUAAAAUAGGAUAGCGUCUUCUCCUUAAGGAGACAAUGGGAUAUAGUUGUUGUUGCUAAGAGAAUAUGGCAUCACCAGCAACCAAUACACAAUAACAGAAACCCAAAACAUGAUUUCCAAGGAAUAAAGUAACAGUACCAUGUGAUAUAAAAAUUAACAAAAUGAAGUUUACAUUGAGAUUGUAUAGUUUAUGCAUUGGGCCAAUAAUUCUGGCAUGUUUCUAUUGGAUUUGUACAAGUCUAUACAAGAUGCAAGGGGUUCAGAAAAAGACAGGUUUAAUACCAACUGUGCAGACAACAUUGGAGAUGAGAAAAGAAAACGUUCAAAAAAUGUGCAAAACAUUUCCAAUGAGACGGAAAAAUGAUUCGACAAUCCAAAAAGAGACUGAAGAAAUAUUGGGUAACAAAUCUGCACUAAUCGUUGAUGAAAAACUAAAACUAGUGUUUUGUUUUGUGCCUAAGGCUGCAAGCACAAGUUGGGCGUCAAUUAUAAUUUCCCAUCAUUCAAAUUGCUCUAUUGAGUCAUUAGAUUCGAAUGAAAUUUGGAAUUCAAGACGGAAAUACAUAAAACCAAUGUGGGAGUUCACAUCCCAGGAGAGAAUGAAAAUUUUGAGGGAUUAUCUCAAAGUUUUGGUUGUAAGAGAUCCUCUUGAUAGAAUAUACUCAGCUUGGUAUGAUAAAUUCCGAUAUUAUAAUAAAUGGUUUGCUGAGAAAUAUGGAAAAUAUGUGAUAAACAUGACAAGGCCAAACGGUAUAAAUAGCGAUUUGAAAAAAGGACAGUAUAUAACGUUUGCAGAGUUUAUUCAAUAUUUGACGAUACUGGAUGAUAUUUCAACCACAAAUGAACACUGGAAGCCGAUCUAUGACAUCUGCCAUCCUUGUCAUGUGACCUAUGACAUCAUCACUAAUUUCUAUAAUAUCGAAGAGGAAAGCAAUUUUGUGCUCCAAAAGCUAGGAUUGGUCAACAUGAAAUUUCCAUUUAAACAUGUCAACAAUUUACCAUCGAAAACUGAAACGUCAUUUUCCUUUCAAAAAAUGUAUCAGCUUUAUAAACAGUUCAAUGUUGAAACUAUGAUGAAGUUAAAAGAUGCUUACAUCAUGGAUUAUAAAAUUUUUAACAAUGGUGCAUUGGAGUUUAGAAGAUUGGUACUGGAAUAAAAGAAUAAAUAGUCGCACAUUACAAUUUUAUUUUUUCUGUGUGUACAUUCCAAACAAUGCACUGUGAUGAAUUCAAUCUUUUACCAAUAUGCACUGCUCAGUUCAUUAUAACACCAUAAUGCACUGU